CAUGAACUUAUAAUGACUGAUACUUUAGAUACUCCUUCAAUUAGUAUAGAAUCGUCGCCUACUCCAUCUCCAGCAUUUUCUCCCAGAAAGCUUCGGUUUGACGAUCGCUCUCAAACAAAAAUUAGUCGGUCCUUGAAAAAUCAUGCUCAUACCAGUAGUAAUUCAAGUUUAAGUUUAAAUAAUAAUAAUGUAUCCGAGUCUUCCUUUUUGAACUGGAAUGAACUUACUAAGAUCUCAAAUCAUAUCAAGCUUCCUCAAUUUGUAUCAAAGUACGGUUCUCCCCUCAUAAUCGAAUGUUCAGCUGUUUAUAUCUGCAUUGGGACAUCCAAAGGCUGGAUAAUUGGAUUCAAUUAUAGGCAAGAAAUUGAAUUUUAUUUGAAUAAUGAAGACCAGAAUGAUGUCAGUGCCAUUUCCUUUUCAUCUGACUCGGCGUAUUUAGCUUCUGGAUUUAAUGAUGGGAAAAUUCUUUUAUGGGAUUUAUCUGAUGAUAAACCCUUUUAUACAAUUUACCCAAUUACCUUAGAUAAUCGAUUGGUCAAUCAAGCACAGGGUCACUUGAUCAAUGUUCCCAUAACAAAAUUAAACUUCAUUGGUGAUCUGCAUAAUAAAUUAAUCACUUGUGAUAAAUCGGGUUUGGUUUUUUAUCAUAAUGGUUUUAGAAAAUUCAUGAAGAACUAUUUUAGUUCUGAAAAAGUUCUUGGGAAAAAUGAUAAGAAUGAUAUGAAAAACUAUAUGGUUCAUGACUGCCAAACAUUACCAUUGGGUACUUCUCAUCAAUUGAGUGAUCACAUUGGUCUAAUGGCAGUAAUCACAAAUAACAUUUUGGUUAUAGUAUCAGUACUCUCCUUGAAUAACCCAGAUAAUAAUAAUUUAUUGACUCACUUUAAGAUUGCCAAAUCCAAAAAUGUUAAUUCAAAUACCCCCAUAGGUUGUUUAAGCUGGUAUCCUUGUAUGAAUAAGAAAAAUGGUUUAGAAAAUGCUAAAUUGGCGUAUUCGUGGAAUAAUGUUUUAACAGUGUUGGAGAUAGAAAAUAAUAAGCUCCCUUCUAAUCUAAUGGAAAUUAUAGAAAACAUGAAGGAUAAGGAUCGUGGUGUUUCUCAACUACCAAUCACUAAAACUUGUAGAUGGAGUUGUCCUUCGAAAUUUGAUACUAUAAUAUCCAUUAAAUGGUUGUCUUUCGAUAAAAUAUUAUUGGUUGUGAAAAAUAACCAAAAUCAGAUUAAUUUCAUAUCGCUUUACUAUUGCUCUAACAAUAAUCAUAAUAAUGUCAGUAUAUCUUCUGUACACAUUGAUGAAUCACCAUUUCAUUUUACAAACUCUCCAAACUCUAUCAAAUCUUUUAAAGAUAGAUUAAUAGUCAUGAAUAAUGUCGAUAAUAAGAUACACAUUGGACGGUGCUUUACAUGGGCAGAUCGUCUAUUAAGGUAUUUAUCAAAGGGGGAUUAUUCAACCGCUUUAAUGGCCGCUAAUGACUAUUAUAAUUCUACAGACACUGGAAGAUUGGUUGUUGAUGGAUUGCCCGAUAAUCAAGAGGAAAGAUGUACAGUAGUUAAGCCAUACUUAUUAAAAAUUAUGAAUGAGUCAAUUAAUUACUUAUUUGAAGAAAAUCAAGAUUACUAUCUUGAUGUUUACAUCAAUAUAAUUUCUUAUCUUGAUGAAGAUUUAUCAGAACUUUUGGAACUAAUUUUUGAGAGAGUCGAUGCAAAAUUAUUUUUUGAAAUACUAGAACCGUAUAUCUUAACUAAUGGAAUAACUUAUUUACCACCAAUAGUUUUGAAGAAAUUGGUUGAAUUAUAUACUGAGAAUAACAAGGGGGAAACAUUGACUGAAAUUAUAUGUAUCCUAGAUACUAAGACCCUUGAUAUUGAUUUAACCUUGAACCUUUGUGAACAGUAUCACUUGAUUGAUUGUUGGAUAUAUAUAUGGAACUACCUAUUGAAAGAUUAUAAAACGCCAUUAAUAAAAUUAUUGGAUGGCUUAGGUCACGAUGAUUUAACAAUAUAUUCAUAUAUAUCGUAUAUUCUAACGGGUAGACAAUACCCAAUAGAUCGAUUCAUUCAAGCUGAAGAAGAAGAGUUGGCACGAAAAUCAAUUUGUGAAAUUUUAUUCAAUAUCAAUCCAAUUGAAAAUAAAGAAAUUGAGUCAAUUUUCCCAUAUCUAUAUAAACUACUUAGAACCAAUUCAUUUGAAACUUUAUCGGCAAUCAACGAGUUUUUUGAAAACCCAUGCUUAAACGACGAUAAGUUGAUUAAUAGACAGUAUAUCAUCGAUGCUUUGAUUGAUAUCUAUGAUUCAAAUAAUGACUUUUUUAAUGAAGCUGAUAACAUUCAAUUAUCGAUUUUUUUAGCAAGAAACUAUCCUAAAUACCAACAAUUCAUUAGAUUAUCAGAAUCUAUUUUAGAUAAGAUAAUUGAUGAUUUAUGUUCCAACUCUCUGACUGAGAUUCAGUAUGAUUGUGAAUUGGCGCUACAAAGCUUAUUGCCAUUAUAUGAACCAGUUGAUGAUACUCUAUUGCUUGAGAAGUUAAAGGGGGCCAAUUUUUAUGAUGUUUUAAUCAAUAUUUAUAAGAACGAGAACAAGUAUGAUUUAGUAUUAAAGAUGUGGUUGCAAAGACAGAAUCAACAAUUAGGUGACAACUACCACAUUGAUACCAUGAAUGAUAUUUUUGAAAACGCAUUCAACUUGAAGGACGUUAAUAGAAUGAAUUUCGUCAAUGUUAUCAAGGAAAACUUUAAAAAUUUCUUGGAUAUUGAUUUGAGAAAUUUUGAAAGUAAUAUUGACAAGUUUGAUCAAAAUCUUCAUAAGGAGAUUUUGAAUAUCGAUAACGAGCAGUACGUUUUGCAGUAUUUGGCAUUAUAUUUCACUCACCCGCAAAGCGAUAUUGAUAUGAUUUCGAGGUAUAUUGAGUUAUUAAGCAGCACUAACUCACAGAACCUCUUUCAAGUGGUGGACUUGUACGUUUCGAAAUUGGCAAGUGAUGAAACCAAAUUCAAUUCGGUUAAAGAAGCGUUGCAAAAAAACCAACAAAUCGACAGUUUAACUCGAUUGUAUGUCCACCAAAACCAAUUUCAUGAGGCAUUGGAUGAAUCAAUCCGGAUGAUGGGUAAUUACUUACAACAGGAGUUUAAAUUUGAGAAAUUUGAUAAAAUUUUCCAAAGCGCUUUAGAGAUUUGUGAAAAUCCCAAAACUUAUCAUGAAAAAGUCGGGGAAAUCAGUUUAAACGAACAAAUGUGGUUAGAGCUCAUUGAAAACUUGGUUUUGAUGGCUAAUGACAAACCCAAACACAUCUCCGAUUACAUUAAUCAAUGCAUUCAUGACACUUUCAGAAGAGUUAUCGAUACAAAAUUGGAUUCGGGUAAGGAACAUUCAUUCUUGGUUAUAUUCAACCGUUUCUUAGAGCACUCAUCCUCAAAUACAAAAGUCGCCACCCUCUCUAAUGUUCGGAGUAUCUUGAAUGAAGUAUUUGUGUCGUACUCGUAUGAAAGUGAAAUACUAUCAAUUUCAUUAUCAAUGCUAAAUCAAGGUAUCUACGAAAGCAUGAAGGAAAUCAAACUAGAUAAAUUAAAAGGAUGGGAUAUCAAAAAUAAAAAUUGCACCUCCUGCGGUAAAGAAAUGUGGGGGUCAAAAGAUUUAAGCCUAAAUCUAAAGGCUUGGGAAUCAAGCCAACAUUUAAUGAUUGCAAAAAAAAAACUUGACGAUUCCAAGUUCUGCCACCACCAACUUAUCUUCUUUAAAUGCUUCCACGGCUACCAUUACCAGUGCCUCCGAAAUCUAGGUCUGAAUCACUGUGUUAUCUGCAUCCAGAACUAGACCGUACAAGCUUACAACAUACCUGACAGCAUCCCUGACAGCAUCCCUUCCAGCAAUCCCAUGGUCAUAACCAUGUACACCCGUACCACCCGCUAUAAACCCCCGUACACCGCUACUGACGGCCGGCUCCCGCACAAAAGGGAUUGCAACACAAACUGUUUUGCACAAUUAGCUUGCCAAAUCAGGAAAGAAGGUAAAUACAAAAUCAAAUUCGCAGACAAAAGAGAACAAAAAUUUUAGUGGGAACAAUCUGGGCUCAAUAUGUCAGAAUUUUGAUUAUAUCCCAAUCAGGAUGAGCAAUGGGUUGGAAGCUUGCUGGGAAUACAUUGAUUUGAAAAUGUCAUAAAGAUGUGAAAUUGUUCUAAGCCAUUGUCAUGACAUCUAGUCAAGUAUUAAACAUUACGUUUUGUACGUGAGUUGAUGUUUGUUGAUUUGAAGGUGAAUUUGUUAUUUGUUUUUUUUUCUUUGAAAUCCUUGAC